AUGGCUGCUAAUUCUGCUGGUCUUGGAGGCGUCCAGGAGAGGCCAAGCUAUGAACCAAUGCAGGCUGCUGCUUGUGCCAGGCCUGAUGCCUCUUAUCAAGAGCUCGGGGUGCAGCAGGAUGCUUCAUCUGCAGACAUUAGAAAAGCGUAUCGUAAGCUUUCAUUAACUUUGCAUCCAGACAAGAAUAAAGAUGAAAAUGCAGAAACGCAGUUUAGACAAUUGGUGGCCAUUUAUGAAGUUUUAAAGGAUGACGAACGAAGGCAGAGGUAUGAUGAUAUUCUGAUCAAUGGACUUCCAGAUUGGCGACAGCCUGUAUUCUACUACAGGCGGGUGAGAAAAAUGAGCAAUGCUGAGCUGGCGUUACUUCUGUUCAUUAUCCUCACAGUGGGUCAUUAUGCUGUAGUGUGGUCAAUCUACCUGGAAAAACAACUGGAUGAACUGCUUAGUAGAAAAAAGAGAGAAAAGAAAAAAAAGACAGGCGGCAAGAGUGUGGAUUUAUCAAAACUUGGUGCUUCAGAAAAAAAUGAAAGAUUACUGAUGAAACCACAAUGGCAUGAUUUGCUUCCAUGCAAGCUGGGGAUUUGGUUUUGCCUUACACUAAAAGCAUUGCCUCAUCUAAUCCAGGAUGCUGGGCAGUUUUAUGCUAAAUAUAAGGAAACAAGAUUGAAGGAAAAGGAAGAGGCAUUGACUAGAGCUGAACUUGAAACACUUCAAAAGCCGAAGAAAGUUAAAGUAAAAAAACCAAAACCUGAAUUUCCUGUGUAUAUGCCUUUGGAAAGUACAUAUAUUCAAUCAUAUGAUCAUGGAACUUCUAUAGAAGAAAUCGAGGAACAAAUGGAUUAUUGGCUGGAAAACAGGAACAGAGCACAGAAAAAACAGGCACCUGAAUGGACAGAAGAGGACCUCAGCCAGCUGACAAGAAGUAUGGUUAAGUUCCCAGGAGGGACCCCAGGUCGAUGGGAAAAGAUUGCUCACGAAUUGGGUCGAUCGGUGACAGAUGUGACAACCAAAGCCAAACAACUGAAGGAUUCAGUUACCUGCUCCCCAGGAAUGGUUAGACUCUCGGAACUCAAAUCAACAGCUCAGAGCUCCAGGCCCAGCAAAACCGCCAUGGCCCUGCCCGACGACAUCAUCACGCAGCGGGAAGCCGAGCAGGCCGUGGGGGACGGCGAGGACAGUGACGAGCAGGAGGAAGCGGAACAGGAGACCGAGGUCCUGGAAAGCCAGCCGAGGAGACGCAGGCCAGCCAGGCUGCCCGAGGUAGCGACAAAGGCAGAGCCAGAGGAGAAGUUCCGUGGAAAGAGGCAGAAGGACUUUGAUAUAUCAGAACAAAAUGCAUCGAGCGAUGAGGAGAGCCAGAAGAGAGAGAGAGGUCGCACUGUAGAGGAGCCAUGGACUCAGAAUCAACAGAAACUCCUGGAAUUAGCAUUACAGCAAUACCCAAAAGGAUCCUCUGACCGCUGGGACAAAAUAGCCAAAUGUGUCCCGUCGAAGAGUAAGGAAGACUGUAUCGCUAGAUACAAGCUGCUGGUUGAACUGGUCCAAAAGAAAAAACAAGCUAAAAGUUGAAUAUUCUGGAAGAUGAUGCUCACCUUCAUUUUCCAAAAUGAUUAUUUUAAAAUUCUUAUACAGAAAUUUGCAUUUUGUACCUCAGUAUUUCUAUAAAUCAUGUGCCUUAAUAAAAAUUUUUUAAAUUUAAAA